CUCCUUCCCUUCAUGAUUCGUUUGUAGCACAGUGGCGAUGGAUGAUGAGGAUGGGAGGUGCUUACUAGACGUAAUUUGUGACCCUCAGGCCCUCAAUGACUUCUUGCAUGGAUCUGAGAAGCUCGACAGUGAUGACCUCCUGGAUAAUCCUGGGGAGGCCCAAAGUGCCUUCUAUGAGGGUCCUGGGCUCCACGUGCAAGAAGCUUCCGGCAACCACCUGAACCCGGAGCCCAGCCAACCAACCCCCAGCGUGGACCUAGACUUCCUGGAAGAUGACAUUCUGGGCUCACCUGCAACGGGGGGCGGUGGCGGGGGUGGCGGGGGCACUGACCAGCCCUGUGACAUCCUUCAGCAGAGCCUCCAGGAAGCCAACAUCACUGAGCAGACCCUCGAGGCUGAGGCUGAGCUGGACCUGGGCCCCUUCCAGCUGCCCACACUGCAGCCGGCAGAUGGCGGGGCAGGCCCAGCAGGAGCUGCAGGGGCGGCUGUGGCCACAGGGCCCCAGGCCCUCUUCCCAGGUGGCACUGACCUGCUGGGGCUACAGGCCCCGCCCACUGUGCUGACCCACCAGGCCCUGGUGCCACCCCAGGACAUGGUCAACAAGGCACUGAGUGUCCAGCCCUUCCUGCAGCCCGUGGGCCUGGGCAAUGUGACCCUGCAGCCCAUCCCGGGCCUCCAGGGCUUGCCCAAUGGCAGCCCAGGGGGUGCCACAGCGGCUACCCUUGGGCUGGCACCUAUCCAGGUGGUGGGCCAGCCCGUCAUGGCACUCAACCCACCCACUUCCCAGCUCCUGGCCAAGCAGGUGCCUGUCAGCGGCUACCUAGCCUCUGCAGCCGGUCCCUCAGAACCAGUGACCCUGGCAUCAGCUGGUGUCUCCCCCCAGGGGGCCGGCCUUGUCAUCCAGAAGAACCUCCCAGCCGCUGUGGCCACCACACUCAAUGGGAACUCUGUGUUUGGAGGGGCAGGGGCUGCCACAGCAGUGGCCAGUGGGGCGCCCUCAGGACAGCCGCUGGCAGUGGCCCCAGGCCUCGGCACAUCACCGCUGGUUCCAGCGCCCAAUGUGAUCCUGCACCGCACACCCACACCCAUCCAGCCCAAGCCCGCUGGCGUGCUGCCCCCCAAGCUCUACCAGCUGACACCCAAACCAUUCGCCCCCACAGGCGCCACACUCACCAUCCAGGGCGAACCAGGGGGCCUCCCACAGCAGCCCAAGGCCCCUCAGAACCUGACUUUCAUGGCUGCAGGCAAGGCAGGCCAGAAUGUGGUGCUGUCGGGCUUCCCAGCACCUGCCCUGCAGGCAAAUGUCUUCAAGCAGCCACCUGCCACCACCACGGGAGUGGCCCCACCACAGCCCCCCGGGACCCUGAGCAAGCCCAUGAGUGUUCAGCUCUUGAAUCAAGGCAGCAGCAUUGUCAUCCCAGCACAGCACAUGCUACCUGGCCAGAACCAGUUCCUGCUGCCUGGCACGCCUGCAGUCCAGCUCCCUCAGCCGCUCUCAGCCCUGCCGGCCAACGUGGGAGGACAGAUCCUGGCAGCCGCAGCCCCCCACGCAGGUGGACAGCUGAUUGCAAACCCCAUCCUCACCAACCAGAACCUGGCAGGCCCUCUGAGCCUGGGCCCUGUGCUGGCUCCCCAUUCUGGGGCCCACAGUGCCGCCCACAUCCUCUCGGCCGCCCCCAUCCAGGUGGGCCAGCCAGCACUCUUCCAGAUGCCUGUGUCUCUGGCUGCAGGCAGCCUGCCCACACAGAGCCAGCCGGCCCCCGCUGGCCCUGCUGCCACUACCGUCCUCCAGGGGGUCACCCUGCCCCCCAGCGCUGUAGCCAUGCUCAACACCCCUGAUGGCCUGGUGCAGCCUGCCACCCCUGCUGCUGCCCCUGGUGAGGCCACGCCUGUCCUCACGGUGCAGCCCACCCCCCAGGCACCCCCAGUGGUCAGCACGCCACUGCCUUUGGGACUCCAGCAGCCACAGGCGCAGCAGCCUCCACAAGCUCCCACCCCUCAGGCUGCCGCCACACCUCAGGCCACCACCCCUCAGCCUAGCCCAGGCCUGGCAUCCAGCCCAGAGAAGAUCGUCCUGGGGCAGCCACCCUCUGCCACAGCCACAGCCAUCCUCACUCAGGACUCCCUGCAGAUGUUCCUGCCCCAGGAGAGGAGCCAGCAGCCCCUCUCCGCAGAGGGGCCCCACCUCUCCGUGCCUGCCUCGGUCAUAGUCAGCGCCCCGCCUCCCGCCCAAGACCCAGCCCCAGCCACCCCUGUCGCCAAAGGAGCUGGCCUCAGCCCUCAGGCCCCUGACAGCCAGGCUUCCCCGGCUCCAGCCCCCCAGGUAGAGGAACCGCAGCAGCCUCUGUCCUCAGCGCAGACCCAGCCUCGCCCCCUCCUCCCUGCUCUCCUUGCUCUGCCCUGCCUGCCUCUCUGUCUUGCUGACUUGGGAAAUGGCACCCCCACCCCCAUAUUUCCUGAGUGUCUCCUGACAGUCAUGGAUGCUUGAGACCAGGGCCAGCCCUGGAGGAGCCCACACUCUAGACAGUAUGCAAGCAAGAUACACACAGCAGGAAAGGUGUUAUUUUCUAAAAUUAUAAUUUCACAUCUGAGUAAAUAAUACAUUCCGAUAGUUCACAUUUCAAAACAUAUAAAGAGGUAUAUAAGGGUCUUUCAAAAAGUCUGUGGAAAAAUA